UUUGUAAAGUUCGUUGAAGGUACAUGUCUGGGACAUUGUCCGCCGCCCUUCUUUUCUCCAUCCGACUUAACUUAUCGUAUCAGCCGAGAUUCAGGUUCCGUCAAAUAUUCUUGGCUGUUGCCAUGGGCAAAAAGAAUAAGCACAAGCUUGGACAGGAUGUUACCCGUCCGUUAGUCAUUGAGGAUGCAGUUGAUCGACAGGCCGAUCAGUUCGACGCAUCAGAAUUGGAUGUCGUGAACAGCAAGCUCGAAAGUACGAGCCUUGAGGAGACCUUGACCCCUGCUACGCGUCUUGUUCAAGAAUACAAUGCACUACUGGUUUCGCCAGCUGGCAAAAAGAGAGCCUUCGUUCGUAGGACCCGCUAUACGUUUACUCCUCGGGAAAGCAGAGGCAUGCCCAAGGAUGUGUCGAAGAUCAAGGGCAUCAAAACCAGGAAUAUUUAUUCAUACAAUUGUCUGGAGAGCCUUUAUCGCAAAGAUCCUCCGGUAUUCCCGACCUUGGCGAGAGGACUCUUCGUCACAGAAGUGGGCGAAGAUGGAAGCGGAGAUUGGAAAAUCGUGAUUAGAGGAUAUGACAAGUUCUUCAAUGUUGGAGAAGUUCCUAGUACGUCGUGGGAAGCGCUCUCAGCCAACACUGAGGGACCUUAUGAGGUCACCUUAAAGGAAAAUGGCUGCAUCAUCUUUGCGGCCGCUCUGGAUGACGAAUUGGUUGUAACGUCAAAGCAUGCAUUAGGAGCAGGCCAAGUUCGAGAGACAGUCUCUGAUGGCAGCACUAAGCCAAGCCAUGCACAGAAGGGCGAAGAAUGGGUGGACAAACAUCUCAAGUCUGCUGGGCGGACACGACAGGAUUUCGUCAAAUUUCUUGCGAAGCAUGAUGUUACAGCUGUAUUUGAGUUGGCCGAUGAUGACUUUGAAGAACAUAUUCUGGAAUAUCCUCCAGAUCGACGUGGGCUUUACUUGCACGGUGUCAAUGAGAACACCCCGGAAUUUCAAACGUGGGAGAGUUCAAAACUACGGCCGAUAGCAAGUGAAUUUGGCUUCAAAAUUGUGGAUGCUCUAACGAUGAGUACACUUAAAGAGGUGCGGGACUUCAGUGACUCGUGCCGUUCAACAGGUUCAUACAAUGGACGAGCAAUCGAGGGAUUUGUUGUUCGAUGUCAUCGAAAAACGCCGCCGAGCGGAAUGCACUUCUUCAAAAUCAAGUACGAUGAACCCUAUCUUAUGUUUCGGGAAUGGCGAGAAGUGACCAACCGCGUCCUUUCUGGGAAGCCAAUGAAAUUCAAUCCGCGUUUCGAGCUAACCCGCCAAUAUGUGGAGUGGGUCCGUGCAAAGCUCAAAAGUGAUCCGAUUUUGUUUCGAGAUUACGGAAAGCAAAAGGGAAUCAUUAGAGCGAGAAAUCUCUUCUUACAAGAGGCCCGUCUUCCAAACAUUGGCGAGCACAUUGUAGCUGAAGCACGGCGCACUACUGAGGAGUUUGCACGGGGAGAGGCCACUCUCAAGACAGAGGAAGAAAUGGAGGCAGAAGAAGCUCGCCGCAUCAGUGGCGCGACUUUGAAAGCCAGAUGUGAAGAAUCGCAGACUUCGGCGAAGCAGUCGGACGGCCGCAAGCUGGGAAGCCUCUUCGGCACUGACAAAACUCUUGUUCUGCCUAUCGCUACCAUAGGCGCGGGGAAGACGUUUUUGGGCCGUCUUCUGACUCAUCUGUUCCCCCGCAUUGGACACAUUCAGAGUGAUAAUAUUGUGGCGAAGAAGGCAGCCAAUGUAUUUGAACGCGCGGUGCUGGACGGUUUUGAGAGAAACGACAUCGUGUAUGCCGACAAAAACAAUCAUCUGUCGCAGCAUCGGCUAACCAUUACAAAGGCCUUCAAGCAACGAUAUCCUGGAGGUACAAUUGUGGCAUUGGAUUGGCAAAUUGACAAGUUUGUUGAAGACAAGGGAAUUGAGCCAGUAGUAGAGCUGGCCGCAAAGCGAGUAGUUGAGCGAGGUGAGAAUCAUCAAUCAUUAACACCAAAACGUGCCGCGGACUAUCGGAAAGUGAUCCGGAACUUCACGAUGAGGCGUGAUCCAGUUGACAAAACAAUUGAAGCAGAUUCACUCAUCGAUAUAGUUGUUACAUUGAGCUUCACUGAUAGCCCCCGAGCACACCUCUCCAAGAUAUUGCCCGUGCUGGGCCUCCCAGGACCAAGUACCGCUGCCUACACUGAAGCAUAUGAGGCAUCGUUGGCCUAUCAAGAGACUGUCUGCAAGGUUGUCAAAGAUUCGAGCGCCAGGAGGAAGCCGCUGUACUACGGCAUUAGAUUGGACCCAUCCUUUGAUCUUGCUGGGCUCCUGACUAAAUUGUUUUUGAAACAAGAACCUGAAGUGCGAAAAACGUGGGAGUCUCUGGUGUCGGCCAGACGCGUAGAAGAACAGAAGCUGAAAGGAUGGCAUGUGACGCUUUGCAUGACGCGACGUGGGGAUUCCAAGGCCGAAGAACUGUCUAAAGUAUAUGCCCAGAGAAUUGCGGAAUACGUUGACGCCCAUCCUUUUGCCUCUCAGGCAUCUGCACAAACAGGACCUGGAAUACCAGUGCGCAUUAGUUUCAAAGAAGUGGUCUGGGAUGACCGUGUGAUGGCCAUUGUAGUGGACGGAAUGCCCGCAGACAUUCGUAGUUGCAAUGCCAUACCACAUGUCACGGUUGCAACCGCAUCUAACGAUGUAAAACCUGUUACAAGUAAUGAAGUCUUAGAUUGGGCGUACAGGUCAGACGGAAGUGGAGAAGGAAGCUGCAUCUGGCGAUUAGCUAUGGAGGGAUGCAAUGAUGUUGAUGGACAACUAUGCGCAUUUUACUAUUAGAUUGCCUGCAUCCAUUGUGAGCAGGGACUUGGAGACUGUGCCUUAAGUCAUAAAGAAAUUCGGUAGGAUGUCACUUGUAUAUUUCCAAUCCCAACUGAGAGCUAGCAUUAACUAGGUGGUAUCUAGCACCCUUGACCCAUCAUAAACUUCAAACUUUUAUAGAUCUGAACAACGCGGGUCUACGGACAUGAUCCACGAUAUAGCCGAACAUCUGGCACCUAGCGUAGGUAGAAUGUGUAUCACAUGCAAAUAUCUGCACGCAAUCUUUAUCUCGCCGACCGGCAGCCUUCUAGUGAUUUUGGGUCCCGGACGCAGUGGCCGUAGCUUUAAUGUGCACUGAUUCACCUUCCCUUCCUACCGAGGAAGGCUUUCGUUGGGAUUCCAGACUGCUGGGGCCAUUGUGGUUGCUUCUAUUCUUCAGAGCCUUCUGGAAGCGAUUGAUGUCUGUCAAGAAUAUUACGGGUAUCAUCGCAGGCAAAACCAUUACGAAAGACCAGUACGUGAUCUGAGGAAUAUAAUUCGACGCCGUUGUGUAACUCAACGCUAUGAUGACGACGUAGAGAGCAACACGGACAAUUGCUUCCAACCAGAGCGCUACGAGCUUGCUCCAGUUCCUGUUGCGAUCGAAGGCGGUGGCGCAUUGAGCAAUCUUGAUCUGCAGAAGACUGAAGUAGAUGAUUUCUGCCGGAAUGAUAUAGGAGACUGUGGCUAUUGCUGAUUUGCCGGUUGCUGGGGACGCGUACGUUCCAUAGUACUGUUUAAAAUCAAUGUUCCAGAGCGCCAUGGCAGUAAAUUGGAUGACUGCUUGAAUGAUGUUCAGUGAAACCGGAAUCGCAUUUUGGAGC